AUGGCUACUUCAUCUACCCUCCUCCACUUGUUCCUCCUCUCACUGUCUCUUCUUUCACUCUCAUCUUUAUCACUUGCACUGUUACCAAAACCCAACCCAUUUAUCCUCCCCAUUGCAAAAGACGCAAAAACCCUUCAAUACUCAACCACUAUCAAAAUGGGAACCCCUGCAAGAUCCUUAGACCUAGUCAUUGACAUCAGCGAACGUUUCCUAUGGUUCGAAUGUGACAAGUCCUACAACUCCUCAACUUACCACCCAAUCCAAUGCGGUUCAAAGAAAUGCAAACUAUCAAAAGGCACAGAAUGCAUUACUUGUACUAACCAUCCUCUCAAAACUGGAUGCACUAACAACACUUGCGCCCUUAGCGUCUUCAACCCUAUCGCCCAACUCUUCGUCAGCGGAGACGUCGGAGAGGAUAUCUUAUCUUCCCUACGUACAACCGCUGGCGAUAGAGGUAUACUUAAAAACAUAAACGCACCACGUUUCAUUUCUUCGUGCGUGUACCCAGAUAAAUUUGGUGUACAAGGCUUUCUCCAAGGUAUAAGCAAAGGUAAAAAAGGUAUACUAGGUCUUGCAAGAACUCUUAUUUCUUUACCAACACAACUCGCUACUAGAUUUAAACUAGAACGUAAAUUUACACUUUGUUUACCUUCAUCUUCUAAAACUAAUGGCCUUGGAAGUCUCUUUAUUGGUGGAGGUCCUUAUCACUUGGGAUCCAACAAAGAUGAUUUUUCCAAAUUUCUUACCUACACCCCACUUAUUGCUAACCGUCACAGCACUGGUCCUAUAUUUGACAACUCACCUUCAACUGAGUACUUUAUUAAGGUGAAUUCAAUUAAGGUUGACAACAAUGUUGUGAAUUAUAAUACGACAUUGCUUUCUAUUAACAAACUAGGAGGUGGUGGUACAAAACUCAGCACUGUGAUUCCUCACACAAAACUACACACUUUAAUAUACCAACCACUUGUGAAUGCUUUUGUGAAGAAAGCUGAAAUAAGAAAGAUAAAGAGAGUGAAAGGUGUUGCACCAUUUGGAGCAUGCUUUGAUUCAACAACAAUUGGCAAGAGUGUUACCGGGCCUAAUGUGCCUACCAUUGGUUUGGUGUUGAAGGGAGGUGUUGAAUGGAGAAUCCAUGGUGGUAAUUCAAUGGUGAAGGUGAAUGAAAAUGUGUUGUGUCUUGGAUUUGUGGAAGUGGCUUUGAAGGAUUUGGGAGGAUUGGAACCUUCGUUUGUUAUUGGUGGACAUCAGUUGGAGGAUAAUCUUUUGGAGUUUGAUCUUGUUUCCUCCAAACUUGGCUUUAGUUCAUCACUUCUACUUAACAAAGCAAGUUGUUCAAGCUUUAGGAGAUUUUAA